CUCUCUCUCUCACAAUGCUUGUCCUUUACGAGACUGCUGCUGGUUACGCUCUCUUCAAGCUUGUCAAUGAUGCCAAGCUUGAAAAGGCCGAUGACAUUUGGAAGGAUUUCGAGACUGCCGAACAAGCCAACCAGGCUAUCAAGCUCAAGGCUUUCAAGAAGUUCGAAAACACUACCGAUGCUCUUUCUGCUGUGACCGGUAUCGUCGAAGGCAAGGUUCCCAAGAACUUGAAGAAGUUCUUGGAAAGUGAGAUUUCUGAGAAGGAUAUGAAGAAGGAAAAGCUUAUUAUCAGUGACCCCAAGCUUGGAAGUGCAAUCAACAAGAAGUUGGGCAUUAGCGUUAUUUCCGAUUCGACUGUCUUGGAUCUCUACAGAGGUAUCCGUCAGCAGUUUGAGUCCCUUGUCUCCGGCCUCUCUCCUUCCGAUCUUUCUGCCAUGUCUCUUGGUUUGUCUCACUCUCUCUCCCGUUAUAAGCUCAAGUUCAGCCCCGACAAGGUUGACACCAUGAUUGUCCAGGCAAUCGCUCUUCUCGAUGACCUCGACAAGGAAUUGAACACAUAUGCUAUGCGUGUCAAGGAAUGGUACGGCUGGCACUUCCCCGAGAUGGGCAAGAUCAUUGUCGAUAACCUCGCCUAUGCCAAGGUUGUCAAGAUGAUGGGUUUCCGUACCAACGCCCACUCUACCGAGCUUUCCGCUAUCCUCCCUGAGGAGUUGGAGGCUGAAGUCAAGGAAGCUGCCGAGAUCUCCAUGGGUACUGAAAUUUCUGAGGAGGAUAUUGAGAACAUUCACUGCCUGUGCGACCAAGUCAUCUCCAUUACCGAAUACAGACAGCAAUUGUACGAAUACUUGAAGAACCGUAUGAAUGCUAUUGCUCCUAAUCUCACCAUCCUCGUCGGUGAGCUCGUCGGUGCUCGUCUUAUUUCCCAUGCUGGUUCUCUGAUGAACUUGGCCAAGCAGCCCGCUUCCACCAUCCAGAUUCUUGGUGCCGAAAAGGCUCUUUUCCGUGCCUUGAAGACCAAGCACAACACUCCCAAAUACGGUCUGAUCUACCACGCUUCGUUGGUUGGACAGGCUGGUGCUAAGCACAAGGCCAAGGUUGCCCGUGUCUUGGCUACAAAGACUGCAAUUGCUCUGAGAGUUGAUGCUCUUGGUGAUGGUGAAUCACCUGAUGUUGGUACUGAUGGCCGCAUCAAGGUUGAGGCUAGAAUCCAGAUGUUGGAGGGUCGCGUUAAUGCUAGAGCCAACAAGGAGAAGCCUGCCCAGAAACAGCAGAAGUUCCAGUUCAAUAAGACAGCACAGUACAACGCACAGAGUGAUGUUGCUAUGACUGAGGCACCCAAGGAAGUCGAGGAGCCAAAGAAGAGAAAGAUCGAAGAAGUUGAGGUGCCAGAGGCAAAGGAGGAGAAGAAGGCCAAGAAGGAGAAGAAGGAAAAGAAGGAGAAGAAGGAGAAGAAGGACAAGAAGGAGAAGAAGGAAAAGAAGGACAAGAAGGACAAGAGCGAGUAAAGAAUAUCUUUUGAUUCCUUGUAGUUCUUUCCAACCCACCCUUUCCCUUUUUUUUUGUAAGAAAACUGUUAUUAUUGUUCAUUUUUAAUUUUUUGCAUAUAAAAUCUCUCACGUACUUAGAC